UGGUGCUUAUAAGGGGGAGGUGAAUCAUCAGGUAGCCUGAGAUCGAGGGAUAGAGAGGAAGAGAUCAGCAGAACCGGAAUCCGAGAUGGCGGGGCUUGGAUCUCCUUGUGGCGCAUGCAAGUUCCUGAGGAGGAAGUGCGUGCGGGGGUGCGUCUUCGCCCCCUACUUCAGCCACGAGCAGGCGGCGGCCCACUUCGCGGCUGUCCACAAGGUGUUCGGGGCCAGCAACGCCUCCAAGCUCCUCAUGCACCUCCCGGUCGCCGACCGCUCCGAGGCGGCUCUCACCAUCUCCUACGAGGCGCAGGCUCGGCUCCAAGACCCCAUCUACGGUUGCGUUGCUCACAUCUUCGCGCUGCAACAACAGGUGGUGACCCUGGAAGCCCAACUGGCCUCCUUGAAGGCUCAAACCGCACAAGGUUUUGUCAGCGGCUACUCUUCGAUUCCCAGGCUUGAAGAAGACAGAUACGGCAACAAGCUCCCACCCUACCGACCGGGAGAGAGCUUACCCCUGAUGCCCCAGCCUUUAGCUGCAGACGCCCCCGUGAAUCCUGAAGCCAUGCUAUGCCAAGACAACGAGCUUGUGGACUCCAACUCCUUCCAAUCUUCCCAACUCGAGCUCGUCGAUGACAACUCAUCCUGCGCCAUGGCCUCCCUCGAUCUCGAAGCAUACACAUGGAGAUCGGCGCAUCACCAUGACAUGGAGGACCUUCACUCGGUGGCAUUUGGCCGUCUCAAUUGCGCGUGAGAGGGCGAGGUGGUGGAGGGAGUCGAAAGGUUUUGAUUCUUGCAACUCCCACAAGUCCAUGGAAGAAGCUGGGUCUUGCUCCUGUGAUGGGGCUCGUCAAUGUACUGUACCUACAUAGGAAUAAGAGAGCUGAGCUCGUUCGAGCUUACUGUCUUCGCAAUGGGGAGUCACGGUUGUUAGAUUAGGAAAUCUAGGAGACCCUCGGGAUCCAAAAACCCUGCCUCGAAAUCAUGAUGAUUAGGUUUUUAUAUGGUUGGCAUUCGGAAAAGGUGCUCAUAAUUGUAUGCACUUGUUCCCACUGAAUGCUUUCACCGGUGGCUGCAAGAUCCAAACAACGAGUUCUGAUCUCCAGGAGACAGUGCUGAAAAGGCCGAUGAACAGUUUGUUAAUCCUGCAGUGAUCCUUUCUCUUACACAGUAAAUAACAAGUGUGAUUCGGCUCAUUCGAUGAAACACUGUGCAACCAAAGACUUCCAAGUAUGUGAGUUCCGUAAGAACAUUAACCAAGUAGGUCGAUGCCUUGUU